UCAUCCGAUUUGAAGCAGCUUUAGUUUACAGUUUACCCAGAGUUCCGAGUUGUGGGUUUUAGUUUGCUGAACCUUUGUUCUGAUCUGAAAGCAAAUGGCUGAGAUGGCAGAAAGCGAACGCCGGGUUCUGGUGGCGGUGGACGAAGGCGAGGAGAGCAUGUACGCUCUUUCAUGGUCUCUGAAGAACCUUGUUUUCCAAAAUUCCAAGGACACGCUUAUCCUCCUCUACGUCAAGCCUCCUCGUGCCGUUUAUUCCGCCUUCGAUGGCACUGGUUAUUUGUUUUCCUCUGACAUAACGGCAACCAUGGAGAGGUACAGCCAACAAGUGGCUGAUUGCGUCUUAGAGAAAGCGAAGAAAUUGUGUGACAACAUCGAAAACGUGGAGACGAGGGUAGAGCAUGGCGACCCGAGGGACGUGAUCUGUCAGAUGGCUCAAAAGUUGGGUGUUGAUGUCUUAGUGAUGGGAAGCCAUGGCUAUGGUCUCAUCAAGAGGGCUUUCCUUGGAAGUGUGAGCAAUUACUGUGCACAGAACGUCAAGUGCCCCGUUUUGAUUGUGAAGAAGCCAAAACCAACCUCCGGAGAUAUAUAAUAAUAUCUGCUAUUUUUUUUUUUUUCUUGUAAAGAGUUUACUUCUGUCGCUUAUGUGUGUCAUUUGGGUUAUGUGGAUUUUGUUUCUUCCUCCUCAAAGGGAAUCUCUUGCGAAAUAUUAAACCUUAAGAAAGGCUAAAGUGUUGGGUUUGUAUAUAUUUAUAAAUAGUUUGAGAAAGCUCUGAGAAUUGAGGACGCAUGCCUUGUGGACCAAAAAGCACAUGUGCUAGACCCAUAUUUAUCCGAACAUUUUUUUUCCUGUUUGAUUUUGAUUUUAAUUAAUUUUUAUUCCAAAGUUUGC